AUGUUGCGCCUAAAAAAUCGCCUCCUCCCUCUGCUCCGCGCCGCAUCACCGCUGCCCGCCCCCAUCCACCCCCGCCCGUGCUGCCUCCUCUCCACCUCCACCUCCCCCGCGCCCUUCUCCCUCGAGGACUACCUCGUCGCCUCCUGCGGCCUCGCCCCAGCACAAGCCCGCGAGGUGUCCAAGAAGGCGUUCCGCGACUUAUCCAGAGAAUCCAACAAGGAGGAGAUCUCACGCUCCCGCCUCUUCUCCGCCUCCAAUCCCGAUGCUAUCAUCACCCUGCUCGCCGGCGCCGGUCUCUCCCGCGCCGACAUCGCCGCCGUCGUCUCCGCGAACCCGCUGCUCCUCCGCGCUUCGGUGAAGAACAUCGCCCUCCGCAUUCUGGCUCUCCGCGACCGCGUCGGUCUUUCUACACCCCAAAUCGUUCGCUUGCUCCUGGUCGGCCCAGAUGCUAUCCGCCGCAGCGACGUCGUUCCCAAGCUCGAAUUCUUCAUCUCCUUCUACGGCUCGUUUGAGCAGGUCCUGGUGGCCCUAAAGAGGAAUAUUCGCCUCCUCAAUUCGAGCCUUGAGGGGUUAAUCAAGCCUAACGUUGCUUUGCUGCGUCAGUGGGGUGUUCGAGAUAUUGCCCAGCUGUGUUCAAACAACCCGUGGGUGCUUACCUUCAACCUGGAACGCUUGAAGGAGUGUUUGCUGCGGGCGGAAGAAAUUGGGGUGCCUCCUACUUCGCGGAUGUUCAGGCACGUAGUGGCCACUCUUGCCUGUAAUUCCAAAGAGAAGGUUGCUGCCAAGUUUGAGUUCUUUAAGAUGACUCUUGGUUGUUCUGAGUCUGAGGUUUCCACUGCAGUGUCCAAGAUGCCAGCUAUAUUAGGAUUUUCUGACAAAAUUCUUCUCCGCAAGAUUAAGUUCCUAGUCAAUGAGGCUGCGAUGGAGCCACAGAACAUUGUGGAAAGGCCUGUCCUGCUCGCAUACAGCCUGGAGAAGAGGCUAGUGCCGCGGCAUUAUGUCAUGAAGGUCCUGCAGGAAAAGGGUUUGCUGAAUAGCAAUAAAGAAUUUGUCACAAUAACUACAUUAGGAGAGAAGACUUUCAAAUCGAAGUUCAUCGACUGUCACAAGGACUCUGUUCCUGGCCUUGCAGAUGCUUAUGCUGCAGCUCAUGCUGGUGUUGUGCCCUCUAGAGUGUAA